UUUCUCUUUCUGUCUCACACAACCCGCCUCUCUCCGUAUCCGUCUUCGUCUCUCUCUGCCUCUGUCUCUGUCUUUGUCUCUCUCUGGUCUCGUAGUGUUGGCCCAAAUGGAAAUAGAAACCAUUAGGCCACAAGCAGAUCCCCAUUAGUAACCCCCAUAGACCAAAUGAAACCAAGUACAAUAAGAACCACCCACCACCCCCGUCCCCAACCCGUACAUAGCGAGUUCCGUUACUCCGCUGUUCCGUUCCGUUGGUUGUUCCGUUACGUUACGUGUAGUUCGUUUUGUUCCACAUUCCUUGUUUCCCCUUAGUUAUCUUACGUUUUUCGGUUGGUUUUCGUUUUUGCAUUUUUCGUAGAGCUUUGAUGAUGAUGAUUAUAGUGAUAAUAAUGACACUACGAUGAUGAUACAUGAUACUACAAAAUGAUGGCCCUGAUGCGUCUGUGUGUGUGUAUGUGUGUGCAAGUAGUUUGUGAAUGGAACGGGGUCAAAGGUGGGCCAGAUGGGCCAAGUGGGCCAGGUGUUAACUUGUCGCGCCCAGCGUGCCGCACUCAGGCCUCUUUGAAGUCAUCCAAAGGGUAGAACGAGAUAAUUGCAUACGCUUGAAGCUUUGGAAAAGGUUAAACAGAUAACUAGAAUGCGAAAUGAGUAAACUGUGUAGCAACCAUUUGCGUAUUUGCCAAGGCUUGGGGCUUAAAACCAUGUUAAGGAAAGCAAACCGGUUUUGUUAUUUGUGCAUAGAACAUACAGAUAUUUUUUUUAGACACUUGUGUAAAUAACUGAAAAGUAAUAGCUUUGUAUAUAACUUGAAAAGUUCGCCUUUAAUUACUCCAAUGAUGAUUCCUAUGAUCAAUUUUAAUCCACCACAACACAGUGACUCAAAUAAGUGUUUACUCACCGCUUGUGACGCACUUGGUGAACUCUUGUGCUCUUGUGCUCUUGUGGUGGGUUGAAUCGGUUGAAGCCAAGGCCAAAGCUCAAAGCUCAAAUAUUCAUGGGAAGCAUAAAUGCACGAGGAAAGCAAAACGACUGGCAGGCAAACCAAAUGGAAUGUGUUGAGUGUUAGUCGAGUAGAGACCGCUCCUCAAUGUGGGAAUGCUCUGGAAAAAUAAUAAAAACAGAGGACCAAACACACCAUUAUAAUUAAGUCAAAUAAUUAACGAGCGUGUGAAAUAUAACAAAAUACAAGCCAAUCAUGUGCAGAUGUUCAAAUUUCUAUUGAUAUUGACGUGACGUGGUGAAGUGACUUUAAUGCAAGCAGUGUGCCCACCGCAAUUUCUAAUUUCGUGCGUGACUUGGUCACACUACCGCAAAAUGCAUAUCUGUGCGGUUGCCGCGAACACUCGCAGCUGGGCAUUAAUCCUUCCGAGAAGAUGACACUAAUUGGGCUGCGGUCAACUUUGGUUGUGUUUAGUGUUUAGUGUGUUUUGGGUUCAGUGUUCAGUGUUCAGUUUAGCUUUAUGAUUUUAGUGGGCCGCCUGUUGGUGCCCAGCGUCAGUUUCGCCUGGUUCUUCGGCCGCAACUGACGACUGUUGAUUCCGUGUGGGCUUUUCACCUGUCGAACGGUGCAAAUUAGUAUGACACCGCCUCGGCUGAGUCGCUACUUGAUGGCAGUGCGUGGCGGGCGCGAUGGGGAGCAGCACAGCAAGAACUCGCAGACCGACGAAGAGAAGCAGCGCGAUCGACAGCGAAACGAGCGCGAGGCGAAAAAGGAAGAGCAGGACGCUAUCAACUACAAGCGCGACAAGGAGCAACGCGAGGCCCGUCUGCUGGACUUUGAGAUACGCCGCCAGCAGAAGCGGGACGAGCAGCAGCAGCAGCGCCAGCAGCAGCAGCAACUGCAGCAGCACCGCGAGCAGCAGCACCAGCAGCAUCAGCAGCAGCGCGAGCAUCUGCAGCAGCAGCAUCGCGAGCAUCUGCAGCAGCAGCAUCGCGAUCAGCAGCAGUCCAGCGAGAAAAGUCCGCCCACCUCGUCCACCGCAGCCGCCGCAGCCGCCGCCCAUCAGACGCAUCCGCAUUCGCAGCAGCAGCAGCAGCAGCAGCGGCAGCAUUUGCAUCUGCAGCAGCAGCAUCUGCAGCACCAGCAGUCGCAGCAGCAGCAACAACAACAGUCAACGGGCAGCGGCAGCAGCAACACACCCGUGACCCCCAAGUUGCAGACACCUCCCCCCGAUCGAUCGCUGCCCCCCGCCUUCCGGAGUCGCUCCAUCGAGCGGGAGAUUCUCUACGAGCGGAAGCGAUUCUCGCAGCCGGAAACCGGCGAGAUCAAGGUUUUCCAUCACUAACCACCACUAAAACCAACCCAUCGCCCUAAACCCCCCUCUUAGUAGCCAUGCCCACACCACCCCACCCCCUUCAUCCCAUUCGCACCUGCCAGCUGCAACUUUUCCAUGACCGAAAGGUGGACAAAAGUGCCAGUUGAAGCCUUCAAACUUCUGCUAUUGGCAUGACUUAUAUGUUUUAUAGAAUUAAGUAUAUUUUGUAUUAAUUUUUCUGAUAAAACUAGUUAGUUUAAUAGUUCGAUUUUAUUUAUUAACGUUCCUAGUUUGCAAAAACAUAAAUACUUUUA